AUGAUGUCACGAGGCAUCUUCUCUUUAUCCUCUAUUUUGCGUCAACCUCUUGUACAGAACGGUUUCAUUCUAUCUAGAAGUUUUUCAGAAGCCAUGAGUUUGAAAAUCGAAACUACUGUUGAAGGAGAUGGUACCCAUUUCCCCAAGAAAGGAGAUAAAGUGUCAUGCCACUACGUUCUGACCCUUGAGAAUGGAAGCAAAAUUGAUAGCUCUCGUGAUCGCGGAUCUCCAUUCAGCUUCAAGCUUGGAUUAGGAGAAGUCAUCAAGGGAUGGGAUGACGGUCUUGCUCAAAUGUCUAUUGGUCAACGCGCUAAGCUUACCGUACCACCAAACCUUGGAUAUGGAGCUCGUGGAAUUCCCGGAGCUGUUCCUGCUAACGCUACUCUUCUCUUUGACGUUGAACUUCUCAAGAUCAACUAA